GAUCAGCUCUCGCUGAUAGCAGUCAAGGCCGCACCGCAGUCCGCAUACCUAUAUAUAGAGAGACAGAGAGAGAGGAUCACUAGGCGUCAGGGGAUACAUAUAUAAGAAAGAGACCGGCGGGAGAAGAUGAGCAGGGUGUGCGUCACCGGAGCGGCAGGGUACAUCGCGUCCUGGCUCGUCAAGAAGCUCCUCGAAAGAGGCUGCACCGUCCACGGGACCCUACGGAACCUCGGGGAUGAGAAGAAGACGGGGCUGCUGAGGGGGCUCCCCGGCGCGGCGGAGCGGCUGGUGCUGUUCGAGGCGGACAUCUACGACGCUGCCUCCUUCGAGCCGGCCAUACAGGGAUGCGAGUUCGUCUUCCUCGUCGCCACCCCGCUGCAGCACAGCUCCGGCAGUUCCAAGUACAAGGACACCACCGAGGCAAUCGAGGACGCGAUGCGCGCCAUCCUGCAACAGUGUGAGCGGUCCAAGACCGUGAGACGUGUCAUCAGCACUGGCUCCGUUAUCACGGCGUCGCCGCUCCGGGAGGACGGAGAGGGGUACAUAGAGUUCGUGAACGAAUCCUGCUGGACCCCACUCGGCCUACCCUUUGAUCACAGCAACGAAUUCAUGGAGGAGUAUCUCUCCUCUAAAUGCAUCGCCGAGAAGGAGCUAGUCAAGUACAAUGACCGCCCCUCUGAGGGCAGAGCGUUCGAAGUCGUCGUCCUGUUGCUGGGCCUCGUAGGAGGAGACACCCUCCUACCGUACAUCAACGAGAGCCAGCACUUCAUGCUGUCGCCAUUCACAGGCAUCGAGCCUUACCACAACGCCCUCAGGUUCACGCAGGCUCUCGUCGGCGCCGUGCCGGUGGUGCACGUAGACGACGUCUGCGAGGCGCACGUCUACUGCAUGGAGCGCCAGCGCGACGUCGCCGCCGGCCGGUACCUCUGCGCCACUGCCCACACCAACAUGCAGGAUCUGGUGGAGCACUACGCGGACAAGCACCCGGAACUCAAGCUAGCGCGGAAAGAGGUGGUGGGAGAGGGAGUGAGAGUGCAGGCUAACACAAACAAGCUUGUGGAGUUAGGUUUCAAGUUUAAGUAUGGAGCUAAGGAGGUGCUUGAUGGCACCGUGGAUUGCGGGAAAAAGCUGGGAUUGCUGUCCGUGGCGGAAUGACGGAGGAGGACCGAGGAGCCCCGUGAACAGUAUAAUCAAAAUUGGCUUCACACAAACUGAAUCUCGGUUAUAACAUGGAUGAGCCCAGUAAUUUGCUUGCUACUUUGGAGGGGGUGAUAUGAUACCUAUAGAUGUGUGGAUACUUUUAGCUGAUAUAUGUUUGCGUUCUUGUAAAUCCGUUUCUUGAAACUCGUUGAGGUUAUUAUAUCCUUUUUUAUGGUUAA